AUGAGGAUUGUUUUGCCAGUACUGCAAGAGAAGCAACUUUUUGCCAAGUUAAGUAAGUGUGAAUUUUGGAUGAAUGAAGUGAGGUUUCUUCGUUAUGUCAUAUCAAAAGGAGGAGUAUCAGUAGAUCCAUCUAAAGUCGAAGCAGUUAUCAAUUGGAAAAGACCAAAGAAUGCUUCUGAAGUCAGAAGUUUCUUAGGUUUGGCAGGUUACUAUCGAAGAUUUAUUAAAGGGUUUUCUCAAUUAGCUUUACCAAUGACUAGAUUUAGCCUAAAGGAAAUUUAUUUUAAAUGGGAUUCGAAGUGUGAGCAGAGUUUCAUGAGUUUGAAGGAAAAACUAACAACUGCUCUUGUGUUAAUCAUCCCUGAUCCUAGUAAGUCUUAUGAAGUGUGGCAACAUUACUUGUAUGGAGUACGUUUUGAGAUGUUUAAUGACCAUAAGAGUUUGAAAUACUUAUCUGACCAGAAAGAGUUGAACAUGAGACAGAGGAGAUGGAUGGAGUAUUUGAAAGACUUUGAUUUUGAGUGUAAGUAUCACCCAGGGAAAGCGAAUAAGGUUGCAGAUGCAUUAAGUCAGAAAGAGAUGCAUAAAGUUGAGUUAAUGAUGUUAGAAUACGCAUGGUUGGAAAAGUUCUGA